AUGCUCCCGUUUCGGCAAAGGGCCGCGUGGUUGCAUAUCGAUUUGCCCGGUCAGGGAGAUGGGGAGGAAGAGUUGCCAGCCAACUAUCAGUUUCCACCCAUUCAUAAACUUCCGGAAGCUAUGAAGUCUAUUUUGGAUCAUUUCAAUGAAAAUCGCAAACUUCAACGCCGAUGUCUCUAUUCCCAAGUAACUGUUCUUCUCAUUGCCCAGUUUUUCAGUGUUUAUGCGCAACUUAAUAUCGUCGUCCUCCUCACCUUUAACAACUAUGAAUUAAUCGCACUUAUAUACUUGCAGAUUAUGUACGACAGUCUGGUUCUGGGUGCAAUUCUCAUCCACUGCACUGGACAGUCCGCAAGUUUUGCCCAAGCCAUUAAAGAUAAGUUGGUCAAUUGGAAACUAAACAUGUCUGGAAUGAAUCCAGCAACAGAAAGUUUUCUCAUUCUGCAUCGCUUCGGACCGAUCAUGGAUACGGACAGCGAGGUGGAACUGCGGAACGCGGUGGAAAAUUUCCGUCAAAAUCUUCGCCAUUCCAUCAAUCCGAAAAAUUUGAACAAAUUCAUCACAUCCUACAUGCAAUGUCCAGCACUCCUAAUUGCUGGUUCCCUAUCUUCGCAACAUCGGGCCUGUCGUCAGUUCUACGAGGAUCUGACCAAAGCACAAAAGAAUUCCGAACAAUCCUCUUCCACACGUGAAUUCGUCAUGGUGGAUGGAGUGGCAAAUGUGAUUGCUGAACGUGUAAGUUCCAUCAUUCCUGUUCUGUAUUGA